AAAUAAAAAAUUAAAAAAAUUGAAGCAAUUAAUAUGAUUUUGUCACAAAAAGUUGUUUUAUUAUAUUUGUGGGAAAUUUUAAUAAUUUAUACAGUUUAUUUAUUUUGCUUGACUAUUCAAGAACCAGAUAACUUAUUACAACUUGACGGGUCAAAUGAUAUGUUGUUUACCGCUUUGCCGAACGAUUUGACAAAUAUAAGAUCCGAGAACAAUUCAGUUAGCAAAAGUUGGCAUUCAAAAAAUAAAAACAGAAAGGUAUGCGAUUCACCGCAUUGCCUAAAUAUAUCUUUAACCAUCAAAGCAUCAUUAAAUGAAUCAGAAGAUCCGUGUAAUGAUUUUUACAAUUUUGCUUGCGGUGGAUGGAAGGCAUCGCAUGAAAUUCCAUCAAGCGAAAACGAAAUUACAGCUUUUACAAUUCUUAACCAACAAAUUGAAGAUGAACUUCAUGAUCUGCUGAGUGCAGAUCCAAUAAAAAAAGAAAACAACGCUUUAAAAAAAGCACGUUUGUUUUAUAAAUCUUGUAUGAAUAUACAAACAAUAGAAGAACUAGGACCCAAACCUGCUUUAGAUUUUAUAAACUAUUUAGGAGGAUGGUCACUUUGUACCAAUCCUGAUUGGCAAACUACUUACGCUGAAAAAUGGGAUGCGUACGAAGUUUUAAAAAAAUUGCAAAGAAAUUUUUUUCCAGCUCCACCGUUUUUUACUGUUGACGUCACGAAUGACCAUUUAAAUUCAACUCAACACCUUAUUAAGAUUGACCAAUCCGGAUUAAGCCUUCAAAGAGAGAUUUAUUUUAAGCAUAGCAACGUUAUUACCGACUAUGGUGAAUAUAUGGUAAAAGUAGCUAAAUCUCUUGGAUAUACUUGUAAUGACACAGAUCCGGAGCGAAAUAUUACAGCACAAAUGUUUUCCAUAUUAGAGUUUGAAAAGGAGCUAGCCGAGAUUACAACACCUGCAGAAGCAAAGCAAGCAGGAACGUUUCGCAGAAUAAAUCUUGCUAUUAUGGAAGAUGUUGUUAGCGAAUUCAAUUGGAAGGACCAUCUUCAAGAUUUAUUUUAUUCUGUUCAUAUAUUACCAGAUGAAGUUGUUCUAGCAACAUCACCCAAUUAUUUGAAAAAAGUUGCUAAUCUUAUUAAAAAAACAGAUAAAAGACUUCUCUCACGUUAUAUGAUGUGGCAAAUGUUAAGAGAUAAAAUCAGUUUUCUUUCUGAUGACUUUCGAAAAGCUAGAGCUGAAUUUAAUCAAAAAAUGACUGGUGUUGAAGAUACAGAACCUCGCUGGAGAAAGUGCAUAAGUAUGACAAAUGAAAAUAUGGGUAUUCCAAUUGGAGCCUUAUAUAUAGAAAAAUACUUUAGUGAAAGUACAAAAACAAAGACAAAUGAUAUGAUUGAUGAAAUAGUUGAAGCAUUUAAAUCACGCAUAGAUAACCAUGACUGGAUUGAUGGUAAGACAAGAAAAGGUGUUAUACAAAAGGUGGAUGCUUUGGUUGCAAAAGUAGGUUAUGCAUCGUAUAUUAAAAAACCGUUAGAGUUGAACAAACGUUUUCGAAAAUUAAAAAUUGAUGAAGAUAAGUUCUUUGAAAACAACUUAAAUGUAGACAAGUGGUUACGCUACCGGCUUUAUGACAAAUUACGCAAACCUGUUGACAAGACAAAGUGGCCUAUGUUUCCUCAGACUAUUAAUGCUAUGUAUCAGUUUUAUGAAAAUGAAAUAGUGAUUCCUGCUGGAAUUUUACAACCACCAUUUUUUUACACAGGAGAUGUUCCCAGGUCGCUAAGCUAUGGUGCUAUUGGUUCAAUAAUUGGCCAUGAACUAACUCAUGGAUUUGAUAACACUGGGCGCAAAUUUGAUAAAAAUGGAAAUAUUGUGAAAAACUGGUGGUCUGAAAAUAGUUUAGAAGAAUUCAUGGAGAGAUCAAAAUGUUUUGUGGACCAGUAUAGCAAUUACAAAGUUCAAGAUAAAUAUAAUAUAAGUGGAAAAUUAACUCUCGGGGAAAAUAUUGCUGAUAAUGGAGGUGUAAAAAUUUCUUUUCAGGCAUAUGAGGAUUAUUUGGCUCAUCGAGAAGAUAAAGUCUUACCCAACUUACCUUUUAACAAUAGGCAGCUAUUUUUUAUAGGCUACGCACAGGAGUAUUGCUCAAAUGUGAGGGAAAGAACUGAAUAUAUUGCCACGCUUAGUGAGAUUCAUUCGCCUGCUAAAUUUAGAGUAAUUGGCUCACUAUCUAAUUCUAAAGAAUUUGCUAGUGUUUUUCGAUGCGAAAAGAAUGCAGCAAUGAAUCCAGAAAAUAAAUGCGUCGUAUGGUAAACAAUAUAACAAAAAAGAACCUCGAUUGAAAAAAGGAGCCGAUUUUAUAAUUGGAAUUCAAUUUAAUUUUGUUUAGGAGUUGUCUUUAUUUGUAUGUGGGUGUGUGCAAAUAUUGUUAGUCGUUAUAUUGUAACAUGCACUUUUUUUGAUCAAAGUUUAUAAACGAAAAUUCAAGUGAAA